UCGGAGCGAGGUUUUUGUUUCCAAGCGAGGAGGGUGACUUGGAAAGCGAGGUUGUAAACGGAUAUCAUUAUAAAUGCAACUGACCGAACGAGACACAGUAAGCAGAUUAAAAAGAAAAUAAAACCUGAAACAGCAGCAAAACUUCGGGGCUCCACGAUAAUCUCUGUGAUGAUCCCCCAUCUCUCUGCCUCCCUCCCGCUGCCGCCUCUGGUCCUGCUUCUACUGGUUUUGCACCAGUCUGGCUGCGGCCCCAGUCCCCCGGUCCCCGCUACAGACUGCAGCACAGUGCGGUGCCCCCCACUGGAGACUGCCUGCAUUGAGGAGGGAGCCCCUAGUGGAGACAGAGCAACAGUGCAGCACAGCAGCCCCGACACCACCAGCUGCUGCCCUGUGUGUUUAAAGAAGGGGUGCAGGUGUCGGGGGUACCAGCUAUGGGACUGCAUUUCCGCAGGGUACACUGAGGGCACCGUCCCGGCUGGGGGGUCCUACCUGGUAGAUUCGGGGAGCACCGAAUGCAGCUGUCCCGCCAAGGUUGGGGGUGAGAUUGAGUGUAAUUUCCUGCCUUGCCCCGAGCUGCCCCUGAACUGCUUGGAAGUAUGGGACCCCCUGGAGGAACCCCAAAGUGUCCAGGCCGGGGGAGCGGGGUGCCCGCAGUGUAAAAAGACGGGCUGCGUCAGCGACGGGAGAGCGCUGGAAGAGGGGGAGUCCUUCGCGGUGCCCCCCUGCACCGUGUGCUCCUGCCUGGGGAGUGGGGCGCUGCUGUGCACCCCGGAAAGAGACUGCGAGGGAGGGGGGGGCGAUGCAGGGGCUGUCGAGGGAAGAAAGGGCCCCCAGCCGGCUCGUUCGGGGGCCCCCACGCAGCCCAAGAAAGAGUUAAAGCACUUGACUCUGCUUUCCCAGAGAGGAGCCCCCAAAAAGCUGAGCUGGCCCCCAGGGGCCACUCAAACUGAAUGGCAGGAAAGGGCCUCGCAGGUGGAUGCUCACAUUUUAGGGGCCUCGCGGAGUGAAGCAGAGAAAGGGGCCCCGGCGACACAAUUAAGGGCCACCAGCAGGACGGACCAGGGGGCCACGCAGACUGACAGACAGCAGAGGGUAGAGGCCACGGAUUCAAGUGGCCUAAAUGUACGUUUAGGGCUCACGCAGACUGGGAACGGCAUAGUGCAGCCAGGGGCCACAAACAGGGCAAUUUGGCCCCUAAGGGUAGAUCAGGGGGCCACACGGAGUAAAGAACAGGAACAGGAGUCUGCGAAUCGACUAGAGGACUCCCAGGCCACAGCGCAGCAAGUCUCUGUGGAAAAGAGAAGGGGCCAGUUUAGAAACGGCACAGAGCAGCGCAGCGGUAACAGGGUCGUCGGAGUUACUGUGAGGGGCCCCACUUUGGCGAGAGUAGGGGCCACGCUCAAAGUAAGACACAAAGAGUCACAAUCAGGGAGAAAGGAAGCGGGGUCAGGGGCCUCCCAGGGAGCAGGGGCCACACCUAGGAGGAGAAGGCCCCAGAUUAUGGGGAUCGUAGGGAGAACAGGGGUGACGAGCAAGCCAGAGGAAAAACCCGGGGACACGCGCAUUUCGGGGGCCAACGUCAUUCUCUCGUAUAUAAGGGCCACCACCACUGCCACCGCAAGGGGCCACGCUGGCCAAGUGAGGACCACGCCGAAUCGGGGGCCCCCCAGGGCCACAGGUUCACAGCAGCAGUUGUUUCCCUCCGCCCCGGGCUUGACACAGGCGCCGAGGACAGAGGGACCCCAGACAAGUGGACAGGGGGCCACACUGCGGCGAGGGUCGAAAGAGGGGCCACACCCGGCUCAACAGACUGGGAACCAGACAGUGAUGUCACAAUCCCCUCUCGACCCCUGCUGCAUUGAGGGCCGACGAUUGGCUGCUACUAACAGGCAGUGCACAAAGGCCCCACCCACCGGCGAGGAAACGGACACUUGCAGGUCAGAGCUCAGUGGCCAAUCGCUGCGUUUCUAA